AUGACAAUCAACAAUCGUCAUGAUUAUUUCAAACGUCUUGGUAUAUCAGGACCACAACAUCGUUUCUUUUUUGGUCAUUAUAAAGAUCUUUGGUCAGUAAAAUCAAUUUCAAGACAAUUACAAGAAUGGACUCGUCAAUAUAGUUCUAUUUAUGGAUUAUUCAUGGGUACAACACUUAUGUAUGUUGUUUCGGAUGUUGGUUUUCUUCAAGAAGUUUAUAUAAAACAAUUUUCAUCAUUUCAUUCACUCAAUAUAGCAAAUAUUUUACGUAUAGAAGAUUCCGAAAGUGUUCAUUUGCUUCGAGCUAGUAGAGCAAGAUGGCGUCGUCAACGACACGUUCUUAAUCCAACGUUUUCAUCUGCUAAACUUAAAUUAAUGUCUACAUUAGUACAUGGAUGUAUUGAAGUUAUGUUAAAUAAAUUGUCACAGAUGACCAAUAAUGAACAUACAGAAAUCCACAUUUAUGAGUUAUACAAGCGACUGACAAUGAAUGUUAUUUGUCGUUGUGCAUUUGGUAUUGAUACUGAUAUGCAAAAUGAUAUAAAUAAUCCAUAUUUACAAAUAUCGGCUGCAGUUUUUAAGAUAGAUCUUAAUGAAUUACAAUUUGUUCGAUUAAGCAAUUUAAUACCUAUUCUAUCACGUCCUCUACAUCAUAUUUUGUUUGGUAUAGCAACUAUUUGUAUUAAAUUAAUCGAACUGAUACCGUUUUUAGAUAAUUAUAUACAAGAAAUUCCAAAUUUAUCGUUGAUAAAUCGUGUUCAAGAUGUAGUUAAUCUUUGA